CGCGUGACUCUGACUUUGAGAAAAAAAGGUCACGAAAAAGGCGAUUUUUAUUUCAAGUCAGAUGUUACCGUGAAUAAAAAUCAGAUCAGUCGUCAAUCAGUAGCAUCGUCUCUGCAAUUCAAGAACAUAGCCUUCUGGUUCACUGACAUCAGAUAUGAAUAACUCGGAUUCUUCUUCUGUACCGUCCCCAUGUCACGCUUGUGGUUGCCACAUCUUAGAUAGAUUCAUAUUCCGGGUGAAUGGAUUUUUGUGGCAUGCUAAAUGUGUCCGAUGUCACGAUUGUGAUGACCUGCUUGACGAGAAAUGUUAUUCGAAAAACGACUUAUUAUAUUGCAGAAAAGAUUAUUUUAGACGUUUUGGACCUGAGUGCCGUGGUUGUAAUGAUAAAUUAAUGGCGGAUCAAAUCGUAAGAAGAGUACACGAUCUUAUAUUUCACGAAACUUGUCUUCGGUGCAAUAUCUGUUCGAGAAAAAUUAUGACGGGAGAUAGAGUUUACAAAACGUACGAUUCAAAUAUUUUAUGCGAGAAAGAUUAUCAACUGCAAAAUUUAGGUAUACAAUCAAAGCAGAACGAUCACGAAUCAUCUUUCUCGUCAGAAGUGUCUGAUUUAAAUGAUUCGUCUAACUCAUCUCAGUUUUUUGAGAAUACACCUGGAGUUGCACCUGAAAACGGCAUUCCCGGGCUUGAUUUCGAACAACCUGAAGAUAAAGUGAACAACGCAAAUGAAUCAAAUCUUUUACAAAAUGAAAACAAAAACGGACCACCGUGCAACGAAGAAAAUUUUAUGAAGUCAUCAGUCCAGACUUCGGAAAGAGGUGCACAAAACAAUAUGGCGGCUGACGAGCCAUCACGAGAAACCACAACCGCCGUUGAUUUUUACGAGGAAGGAGGAGAGACUGAUGAAACCUCCGCUUCUUUUGACCACGGCGACGAAUCGUCCUGUCGCAUCGAGCACGGGGAUAUCGUUAACUCCCAGUCGGCUGGCACUGGAAAAAAGAGGGGACCGCGAACGACCAUAAAAGCAAAACAGUUAGACAUGUUGAAAUCUGCUUUCAUAGCGACACCAAAGCCGACGAGACAUAUACGGGAACAGUUGGCGAAAGACACGGGAUUGUCCAUGCGGGUUAUACAGGUGUGGUUCCAAAAUCGUCGAAGUAAAGAACGGCGAAUGAAGCAAGUGAGCAUGUACAGUUCAAGAAGGCAUUUGUACAGUCGACUUCCACAAAGACAUUUACAGAAUGGAUACAUGCAAGCACCCAACAUAAACAUAAUGGAGCCCGGGAUAAAUUCACCCAAUCUUUACCGCUAUAAUGAUCAGAAUGCCGUUCAAGGAAACACUCACCAGCAGCUACAAGCGCCAUUUUAUGGCACGAACGUACGCCAAAACGAAGGAAAUGUGCCAUCAUCCGACUCUGUCUACUCCGGUCAAAAUAGUGCGCGUCCUCCCAGCGACAUAGUCCUGAUGUCGUCAUUUUCUGAUGGAGCGUCGUCAGAUUGCUUCAGUGAGAGGUCUUAUCUGGAAGAAUUAUCUUUUCCAGAGAAUCAGCAAAAUUUGGAAGAUAAUGUUCUAUCAAAUCCAGACUAUUAUCAGCAGGCCAAUCAUAUGCAGUAUUUACAGAAUCACAAUGACAUAUACCCAGCGCGUCCAUAAUUGAGGACUUGUUGCCAUAUAGAUGAUGUUUAUAUAAAGUUCCAUAUAAGAGGAAAGAUAUAUGUCACUGUAUAUUUCACGUUUUAGUAAUCUAUGUAGUUCUUGUAGCUUAUUUUUUAUUUUAAUUUAUGUUUUGCUCACGACUUUUAUGUAACUUAUCCGUCAUGAUAUUUAAGCUAACAUUACUUUUCACGGUUACCAAAAUACAGGUAUCACGGGUCCAUGACGUGUUUUUGUCAAA